GGAAGGCCUCCGCCUGUCGCGGGCCACGCAGCGGCGGGGGAGCACGCUCCGGGGCGGCGGCGUCCUGGAGACCCCCGAGAGAUGGAAGCGGCGGCGCCGGCGGCGGCCGAGGCGGCGGGGCGCGAGGAGCUCGAUAUGGAUGUAAUGAGGCCCUUAAUAAAUGAGCAGAAUUUUGAUGGGACAUCAGAUGAAGAGCAUGAGCAGGAGCUGCUGCCUGUUCAGAAGCACUACCAGCUAGAUGGCCAAGAGGGUAUUUCGUUUGUGCAAACUCUUAUGCAUCUUCUUAAAGGAAAUAUUGGAACUGGACUUUUGGGGCUUCCAUUGGCCAUAAAAAAUGCAGGCAUAGUGCUUGGACCAAUCAGCCUUGUGUUUAUAGGAAUUAUUUCUGUUCACUGUAUGCACAUUUUGGUACGGUGCAGUCACUUUCUGUGUCAGAGGUUUAAAAAGUCAACUUUAGGUUAUAGUGACACUGUGAGUUUUGCUAUGGAAGUAAGUCCUUGGAAUUGUCUUCAGAAGCAGGCAGCCUGGGGACGGAGUGUGGUUGACUUUUUCCUGGUGAUAACCCAGCUGGGAUUCUGUAGUGUUUAUAUUGUCUUCUUAGCUGAAAAUGUAAAACAAGUUCAUGAAGGAUUCCUGGAGAGUAAAGUGUUCCUUUUGAAUAGUACCAAUUCAUCAAAUCCAUGUGAGAGAAGAAGUAUUGACCUAAGGAUAUAUAUGCUUUGCUUUCUUCCAUUUAUAAUUCUUUUGGUCUUCAUUCGUGAGCUAAAGAAUCUAUUUGUGCUUUCAUUCCUCGCCAACCUUUCCAUGGCUGUCAGUCUUGUGAUAAUAUAUCAGUAUGUUGUUAGGAAUAUGCCAAAUCCUCACAACCUUCCAAUAGUGGCUGGUUGGAAAAAAUACCCACUUUUUUUUGGUACUGCUGUGUUUGCUUUUGAAGGCAUAGGAGUGGUGCUUCCACUGGAAAAUCAAAUGAAAGAAUCAAAACGCUUCCCCCAAGCAUUGAAUAUUGGCAUGGGAAUUGUUACAACUUUGUAUGUAACAUUAGCUACCUUAGGAUACAUGUGUUUCCAUGAUGAAAUUAAAGGCAGCAUAACUUUAAAUCUUCCCCAGGAUGUAUGGUUAUAUCAAUCAGUGAAAAUUCUGUAUUCCUUUGGCAUCUUUGUGACAUAUUCAAUUCAGUUCUAUGUUCCGGCAGAGAUCAUCAUCCCUGUGAUCACAUCCAAAUUUCAUGCUAAAUGGAAACAAAUCUGUGAAUUUGCAGUAAGGUCCCUCUUGGUUAGUAUUACGUGUGCUGGAGCAAUUCUGAUUCCUCGUUUAGAUAUUGUGAUUUCCUUCGUUGGAGCUGUGAGCAGCAGCACAUUGGCUCUGAUCCUGCCACCUUUGGUUGAAAUUCUUACAUUUUCUAAGGAACACUACAAUAUAUGGAUGAUCCUGAAAAAUAUUUCUAUAGCGUUCACUGGUGUUGUUGGUUUCUUCUUAGGUACCUAUGUAACUGUUGAAGAAAUUAUUUAUCCUACUCCCAAAGUUAGAGCUGGCACUCCACCAAGUCCUUCUCUAAAUUUGAAUUCAACAUGCUUUACGUCUGGGUUGAAAUAGUAGAAGCAGAAUUAUGACUCUUCUCCUUUUGUCUGAGUUCUGAAAUGAUCAAAAUAAGAACUGGUAGAAUCCAUUGCCAUACACCUAAAAAUAGAACGGAACUCUCUUUUCUUUUGGCACAAUAAUGACAUUUUGGUAGUGAACUGUAAUUCUUGACCAUUAGUGGUAAACUAUGACAGAUUCUUGGUUUUGAGUAUUAAUAAUAAUUUCAAAAAGUUUUAGUUUUGAAAAUUUUAUGAAUUAAAAUGUAGAAGAAUUAAAGAAUAAAAGACUUCCACUGUUCUUCAUUCAAUCAGAAAUACUCUAACCAAGAUUCUCUUUUAUGCCCAUGCUCAUCUUUCCCCACCCUGCUGAGGAGAGAACAAAAUUCCAUCAACAAGAGAACCAGAGGACAUAGUUAACCCAAAUCUUCAGACCAUCUCAGUGAGUGUCAACAUGUACUUUGUGUAUGAUGUAAAAAUAUCUCAAUUGUGUUUUUAUUAGAGAGCCAAAUACUUAACGAUUCACCCCUGCAAGGAUAGAAAAUUCCAAUGUAAGCAUCAGAAAUCCCUAAACCAGAAUUGUUCUGCACUAUUCUAUGAUGGUAGUUGAUCUGCACAAUGAAAAUUAUGAGGUGCUGUGUGAGGUCCUGUUUUAGUGUCUAGGUCAAAUUUGAAAAAGACUUUAAAGGUUAUCCAGCACAAUUCCCUUGAUGUCCAGAAAGGUGGUCAAGACCGCUCAGCUUUGAGAUCAAGCAAGAGAACCUGAUCUUUGGAUCCCCAGUUCAGGAUUUAUUGUUCACAUCACAUCCAAGAAAAACAAAUUAUGUUCAGUUUAGCCUUUAGUGUUGCAUCUACAUAAUUAUAUUUUAAAACUCGGAAAGCCAAUGAUCUUUCAGUAAUAUAUGUGACCUGAGCAUAAAAUCAGAGAACUCUCAAAAGCACGCAUUACAGGCACAUAAACCUCAACAAGAGAAAGAAGGUGUGUUUGUUUGUUUGUUUGUUUGU